AUGAACCACAAGGUAAUGUGCCCUUGUGCGACACAAGCUGAAACUCCUUUCUUAUUCCCCAAUUCCCUCUCUCCCGCUCUUUUCUCUCUCUCCCAUUCCCGUUCUUCCCUCUCUCCCCCAUUCCCCCUCUCCCCUCACUCCCCCCCCACCUUAGCGCCGUGCGCCAGCUGGCUGCUGAGCCACGAUGACGUCAUCUUGGGCAUCCCGUCCGGGAUUACCGGGGCUGCAUUGGAGCAGCACUGCCCCUCGCACACAGGUCCGGGCAUGUCGAACGUUGCCCCCCCAUCCCCCACAUUCCCCCCGUUCCCCCCGCCUGCGGCAGACGGGGGAGUGGGGGACGCGGGGGUCGUUAGUGGGGUUCCGCUUGAAGCCCCCCCAGGGGAUGGGGAGGAGGGCUGGGCGGAAGGAGCGGAAGGGGAGGCGGAAGGCGGAGCGGCUGGGGAAGCGGAAGGGGGAGCGGAAGGGGAGGAGGAAGCGGGAGCGGAAGGGGAGGAGGAAGCGGGAGCGGAAGCAGGGGCUAAGGGCGCGGAGGAUGCGGGAGCGGAGGCGGAGGGAUCCGCGCCUCGGGUCGUUGUGCCUCGAGUGGUGGUGGUAGGCCUGGAGUCGGGUCGGUCGAACGUGAACCCGUGGAGCAAGGGGCUGCUCGACUUGAAGAUGCCCGCCGUGCGACCCGGAGAUUUUCUUUUGUUCCGCUGGUUCGGCCAGAUGCGAGACGUGCAGCAGUUCCCGAACAAGCAGGCAUUUGACAGCUGUGAUUUCUCGAGAGCAGACCCGGCCGGCGGGGCUGACGUCAUCACGGUGGUGUCGGCGAGGGAAGGGGCGGAGGAGGAGGAGGACGAGUCUUUGCAACGACUGAGAGCGCUGCGACAGGUGGUGUGGGGAGGGGGGAAGGAGGGGAUGGUGGAAAAUGGUGAGGGAUGGUGGGUGGUGGUGGGCGGUGCUGGAGGUGGUGGGGAUGGUGGGGGUGGUGGGGAUAGUAUAGUGUGGUAG